ACGAGAUAUGACGUGCCCGCAUUAAGAUUUAAAACUUGUCGUCUACUUUCAGAAAAUGUUUGGAACAGAAAACUUACAAUAAUACAACGCCGCAUUCUCCGAAGAUUGAGAAACAAGAAGAGAUCUAUUAAGAGAAAGAUUUAUUCGAGAAAAAAUCUUAACAGUUACAUCCAAUUACAAACUACACGCAAGUUGUCCCUUUUUUAUGGGGAUUUACCCAUCACAGAGAUGCACAGAAGAACAGAACGAACUUCAUAUAUCCCUUUUCUACUCAAUCCAGAAACAAGAUCGGACGUUAUUCCGGUUCGUCUUCAUUUUCGUGAAACUAUUCCUCAAGCAAGGCAGCCGAUAAGUCAUCGAAGGGUUUGUGUGAAUAAUGGAAUGGUAAGCAUUACUCAUUUUAAAGUUUCCCACGGUGAUAUAAUAUCUUUUCAAGAAAAUGAUGCGUACGGUGAAGAAAUAAAAAGAUUUUUCUAUAUUGAAAUAUCAAUUGAAAAAAUAAUAGGCAAUCACCCGAUAGGAAUGUGGAGAAGAACCAAAACAGAAUGGUUACCUCUACUCAAAACUAAGAGGGGACGCCGCCUACUACUAAAAUACCCGGUUUUGCAACAGUUGCGUUCUUCUAUGCAAAAGGAAGACUUAGAAAAAACAAAAAAGUUUGGAUCCAAAAAAGUAUGCUUAGGUAGUUCUUUCGCUGAGCACAACAGAAUGAAGAGGGAUUUGUAUCAUUUCAAAUCCCUCUUCUUAUCGAAGAGAAGGAACGAGAAAAACCGAAAUAUUCCUACUCGAACAAUAAGUCCUAUAGUUUACAACUCUUCUUUCUAUAGUAAAUCGACUUAUUGCUCUGCAUCCCCCCAUCAGUUUACUAUGAAGAGAAAAAUCAAAAGGAUCGAACUACCCACUCAUUAUUCGGAGGUGAAUCAUAGAACACUAAAAGCUGUGGUAUUUUAUGGACCUAACAUAGGUCACAUCCCUCACGACAUAAGAUUGAAAGAUCCAAACCUUCUUCUUCGGAGCAGAAAGGGACAUGGCCAAAACAUAUAA